GAGAUCCAUCAUGAUCUUUCGUAUGGGAGAUGAGACUGGAGACGGAGCGCGCCAGCCGCCGGCUCUUCCCCUUUCUCCGCCUAUAAAUGCGCCAUCCUUCUCGAAUCACCACCCACCAUUUCCCCCCUCUUUUCUUGCCAUCGCUGCCAUCUCUCUCUCCUCACCUCCACCACCUCUACCUCCCUCGAAACGUUAGCCCCAUCUCGGUACCCCGUCCGUCGCUCUCGCCUAGAAUCGGUCCCUAGAGGCGAGAUCCACCGGAUCUCGGCUUCGCUCAGGGGGUCACGUCGGUCGCCGCGCCAGAUCAGGGUGGCCCUCCCCGGAGAUUGGCCUUCGUGAGGCGUUGCGUGGCGGAUCGGUCGCCCUCCUCGGCUGGAGUAACCAUGGCGGUGCUGGCGACGGCGGCGACCGCUGGCGAAGGUUCGGCUGCCAGGAGGUUCUGGAUCAGCUCCAUCGAGGAGGCCAUCUUCGCAUCGUAUUCUCCGUUCGUGGUGUGCCUGGCGUCAGGGAAGCUCGACAUGGAAACCUUCCGCAACUACAUUGCGCAGGAUGUGCACUUCCUCAAAGCGUUCGCUCAAGCCUACGAGAUGGCGGAAGAAUGUGCAGACGAUGAUGAUGCCAAGGCUGCAAUCAGUGAGUUGAGGAAGGCUGCUCUUCAUAAGCUCAAAAUUCACGAUUCAGUAGCCCAAGAAUGGGGAAUUGACACGACCAAAGAGAUAAUUCCCAAUCCUGCAACACUAAAGUACACUGAGUUCCUGCUUGCAAUAGCUUCUGGUAAAAUUGAAGGAGGGAAAGGUCCUGGAAGGAUAGACACCCCCUUUGAGAAGACUAAAAUUGCUGCCUAUACAGUAGGUGCCAUGACCCCUUGCAUGAGGCUUGAUGCAUUUUUGGGCAAAGAGCUUCAACUGCAUCUACAAUAUGAGGGAAAUGUUUAUCCAUACAAGAAGUGGAUCGAAACUUAUUCCUCUGCUAGUUUUGAGGCAUCUGCUGCACAAAUGGAAGAGUUGCUUGACAAACUGUGUGUUUCGUUGACUGGCGAGGAGCUUGAAAUCAUUGAGAAGCUCUAUCACCAAGCUAUGAAACUUGAAAUUGAAUUUUUCAAUGCUCAGCCAAUUGUCCAGCCAGUGGUAGUUCCAUUCAAGAAACUUCAUGAUGCCAGUAAUAACCUGGUUAUUUUUUCCGAUUUUGACUUGACGUGCACUGUGCUCGAUUCCUCUGCUAUAUUAGCGGAGAUUGCAAUUCUAACUGCAUCCAAGGCUGUUCAGAGUGGGACUGAUAAUUUGAGUGCUCUGAGGUCACCGUCAGAUGUGAGGGACUCCUGGAGUGCUUUUUCUAAGCAGUAUACUGAGGAGUUUGAGAAAUGCAUAGAAAGCUUACUUCCAUCGAAACAAGCUGAGACUUUUGAUUAUGAAAGUCUGUGCAAAAACUAUGAGCAGCUCUCCUAUUUUGAAAAGCGAGCAAAUUCUAAGGUUAUUGAGUCAGGAUUGCUUAAGGGAAUAAAUUUAGAAGACAUCAGAAGAACUGGGGAGCGAUUGGUCCUCCAAGAUGGCUGUAAAGAAUUCUUUCAGAAGGCUAUAAAGAUGAAAGGAAAACUGAAUGCAGGUUUUCAUAUAUUAUCAUAUUGUUGGUGUGCAGACCUCAUAAGAUCAGUCUUUGGCUCAGUAGGUUCUCCAAAUGAUUUGAGCAUACACUCGAACGAGUUCAACUAUGAGGGAUCUGUUUCAACAGGUGAAAUUGUCAGAGCAAUGGAGUCUCCUCUGGACAAGGUUAAGAAAUUCAGAAGCAUCUUAGCUGACGUUGGUAGGGAAAAAGAACAUAUGUCUGUCUAUAUUGGGGAUUCAGUUGGUGAUAUGCUCUGCUUGCUGGAGGCAGAUGUUGGUAUUGUGAUGGGAUCAAGCUUAAGCUUGAGGAGAGUUGGGGAGCAACAUGGUGUAUCUUUUGUUCCGCUCUAUCCCGGUUUAAUAAAGAAACAAAGGGAAGUUCUAAGAGAAGAUUCCCGUGUUUGGAAGGGGUUGUCUGGUGUUCUCUACACAGCAUCUAGCUGGACAGAGAUACAUGCUUUUGUUUUGGGGGCAUAAGUUUUUAGAUGGCUCCUUUUUGUGUUUUUGUGACGAGUUAAAGAAGUCGAGUACAUAAAUUUCAAUCCGUUGUUGGUUUUCUUAAGCUGCAGGUACUUAAGGGAUCUGCAAAAGUCAUGCCUUUACCUAUGUUCCAUUGACGUCCACAUUGAUCGAAAGGGAUCUGCUGCUGGGCCGGCGUAGACGCUCAGGCCAUUUGUGUCGAUUUAGUUGAUGAUGGAGCUUCUUAGUUCUCUGAAAAAUUUUUGGGUUCUAAGAAUAAGGUUGUAAAACCUAUCAUUUUAGAAUCGAACACUUAAUUUGAUUGAUGUACCAAUUUUAGCUUAGGAUUUGAGGAUAACAUACAUCAUAAGAUUUGUGUGGUAAAGACUCCUUUAUGACAACUCGAGUCAUUGGAGGUGCCAAUUCUCGAGUCUCUUCCUUGAGAUGCACAUUGUGACUGUAAUUAUUUCUGUAAAUUCUGAUGAUGAGACUUCAUCAACGAUCAAAAGCAACCUUCACUCAUCGGGGCUAGACCUGAUGGGGCUGCACGGCGAUUCGAAUCAGCGUGUGUCAGGUAGCCACUUGGAAUUUUCAAUCUCGGCAGAGCUCCGUUGACUUUUUUCUUUUCCUUUUUAUUUUCUCUCUCUCUCUCUCUCUUUCUGUCUGCACGGCAAUUUAGAUCAGCGUGGCGACUUUUGUUUCUCAGUUUUCUCUCUCUCUCUCUCUCUCUCUCUCUUUCUGUCUGCACGGCAAUUUAGAUCAGCGUGGCGACUUUUGUUUCUCAGUUUUGGCAGAGCUUUGUCGACUUAUCUCUCUCUCUCUCUCUCUCUCUCUCUAUCUAUCUCUGUACCUAAGGUUGCAGAUCUUGAGGAAAUUUUAAUUGGUCUCAGAACAUUUUGAGAAUCCGCGUGAUUUGUCAGUUUGCGAAGGAUGGCAAGUAGGUGCAUGCUGUGAACCCUUUCAGGCUCCAUGAGGUGCUGCGCUCUAGCUGACCAAGGAAAACCCCACUCCAUGCUUCCCAACUUUGUUCAGCUUCCAACAGAGCAUUAUCUGUACUUGAUCCAUCUUCCCUGUUCUUAGUGUAAUACCACAGUACGUACGUGUUGUAAUUUUCCCAUAAUUUGGGAUCUUUUGGCUAA